AUGGCGUUAUCAUCGUCCCCAAAAGUACUAGGGAUUUUCUUUUCGUCUGGAGAUUUGGGGGAUGUCGGGAGACACGCCGUAGCUGCGGCGCUGGAGAUGCCACCGACGGUGGUAGCCACCAUUCGAGUCUUUUCCCGCGACAUUGCCAGCAUGGAAAAAGCCAAUUGGAAAUGUGGCUGCGGCCAGCAUUCGUUAUCGCAAAAAGACCGAAGCAGAAUCCAAUUGGUCCAACUCGAUUGUACCGAGGAUGAUCUGGUGCCGUCACUCCUCAAUGUCGACGCCAUUGUAUCCUGUCUGGGAUCUAGGCAACCCUUUCACAAAGAACGAAUUGUCCGCAAGGGGACGGAGCGUCUCGUAGAAGCAGCGAUUCGGUGCAAGAUAGAACGAUUUGUCAUGUUAUCAUCUGUGGGGAUUGGGGAUGAUUGGCCGCCAAUGCAGUGGUGUCAAGAAGGACGCAUGUUGGAAGGAUUCUUUCGAACGAUAUGCUGGAUUCAGUAUCAAGAUUUGAGUGCAGCGGAACGGUCAGCUAGAGAGGGGGCUCUGGAAAAUCCAUCCUUUAACUUUCUAAUUGUACGCCCGGUAGUAUUGUCCGAACACAGGGAGCCAGUAGGUACUUGGAGGGUACAGAUUGCCAAACACGAGGAUCAUCCCACUACGGAAAUAUCCAAAAUGGAUUGCGCCAGGCUCAUGAUUACGGAGGCCGUGUUUCCAUCGAUGAGCCAAAGGGCGAUUGUGCUGGGUGGCAACCAACACAUUGAAGAUUUCAAAACGUCCAAUGAAUACUGGGCCAACUUGCAGGUGCCAUUCUUCUGUCAGGCACAGAAGUUGCAGGCAACAACAACAGACAAGCCAGCCAAAACGAGGGGGAGAAUAUUUUGA